AUGGAUGGCACGAAUUCUUGUUGGCAAAAUUCUUACCAGCAGCUCUUUGCUGGCUGCUCGCAGGUUCUUGCCGUCGAGGACAAGCGAUCGAGAUUUGCUUGGCACCUUAGUGAUUGCUUCCAAAAGGAAUCUGGACGGCCGGCGUUUCCUUACUGUGACACAAAAUCAGCGAUGGUUAAUUGUCUCAGAAUGUUGAGUGACAAUCAGCAUCAGGUUUAUCUUGAAUUUUUACUGGAAACCAAUUCUAUCUGCUAUCAGGCUCAUGCCUUCAACGACAAAAUGGAGAGACUGGUGAAUGAUCUUAAAAAUUCAGCAGAAUACACUGAAGAACAGUUGGGAUUGAUAGAAGGAAAAACGCAUUCCGUUAAAAAUGUUGCUCAAACAACGAAAGAUGCAAAGGAUCACAUGGAUGUAUUAUCCAAGAACUCUGAAGCUGUUUAUAAUACAUCCAAGGAAAUUGCACAUUCUCAAUCAGAGCUGCAAGAGGCACAAGAAACAAUGAACGGAAAAUUUGAAGGAAGGGAUGGCAGUGCUUCAUGA